AUGGGCGGCAACAACGACACGUCGGAGAAAACCGUCAAAGAGAGCAUGGAGUAUAUCGUGAAGAUCUUGCGGACGCCAGACAUGACACAGACCGAAUCCGGCGUCAUGGCCUUCAACGAGACCCUGGUACGAUGGUACUACCGGCUCAUGAAAUUGGAGUUCAGCUACUGCUACGAAGCUGCACGAUUCAAGCUACAGUCACCAAGCGGGCGCGAGUACAAUGCACUGCAGUUUGGCGGAACAAUGGACCUGGUCCAGGAUAUCGACCUUUUCCGCCGCGCCGUGGGCGCACCAAAACUGUCCAUCUAUGGCAUGUCCUACGGCACCGCAGUUGCUGGAGUCUAUGGCACAGUCUUCCCAGAGAACACGCAGCACCUGAUAUUGGAUGGCGUGGUGGACCCCUUUCCCGACGUCCAGCAAAGAGGUGACCUCUUUGCAAAGGGCAUCACGGCAACUUUCAAUGGUUUCGUCAAAGCAUGCGACCAGACCAUCCAACUGAAUCUAAGCAAAGACGAGAUCUGUCCAGCCGCGCCGCUGUCCGAAACGAAGGCGAUUCAAAUGAUUCAAGACUCCAGCCAGCCCUUUCGAGCUGCACUCCUCUACAUGCUUGCAGACCUCGCCAUCUUCCAGAAAGGCGGUGACGAGAACAUAGAAGCAGUGGCGGCUUUGUUCCUGGCUUGCGUGGAGAUGUACUGGUCCGGAGUGGACUCAGAGGAUUGUCCUGCUGUGCUUGAGUACCUCGUACCGACGGACGACUCGCCAAUCCUGCUCAACGAGGACCUGUUCGACUUUGGAAUGCAGGCCAUGGUGAUGGGCACGGACACUGCCGGCAGGUUGAACGAGGAAGCCAUGAUCCAGUGGUGGAAGGAGUCCAUGGCGAAGCAGCCAAUCGGAACCCCUUGGGCCUUGAGCUGGGUGGUCGGUAUUAGCACUUGGCCCGCCGAUGCACGGCCUGUGCCACCCCUCGGCAAUGGCCAGGUGAGUCCUGUGAUUAUUGGGAACUUGCAUGAUCCGAACACUGCUUACACCAGUGCUCAGCUAGCCCGCAGCGCCUUUCCUCGGGGUCAUCUCGUGACCUACCAAGGCUACGGUCACUGCCUCGACAAAUCGAAGCUGCACGGAUUGGGAAAAGAGCUCUACGAUUCUUACCAGCAGGACGUGGCCAACCACCAUCUUUCGACCUACUCGAACCAAAUGGCACUCUAUGCUUGUGCAUCGAAGAUCUUGAACUACAUCGCUACCGGGGAGCAGCCCCUUGAUGGGCACACCUGCCUGGUCCCGCACCCGCUUCGCACGGGAAGUUCAAUGGCGAUGAAAGGCUCCUUGGAAUAA